AUGACAUUUGACCUUGAUGAGAACCUGAGGCGUCUUAGUAAUCGCAAAGGAGUAAAAGGAGUUGUGAUUCUAAAUGGCGAUGGACAAGCGAUCCGAUCGACACUCGACAAAGAUCUUACAAAACUUUACGGUCAGCUCAUCAGUCAAUUGGUCACCCAGGCACGCACAACAGUUGCUGAUCUAGAUGAGGAUAACGACGUUACAUUUCUACGUAUCCGAACAAAGAAGCAUGAAAUUAUGGUUGCACCAGACCAUGAAUAUCUGCUCGUAGUUGUCCAGGAUCCAUUAGAGUCAGCACAAAGUGGAAAUCCUUAA